AUGGCUGCCCCAGCCCUCUCCGCCCGGGCGCCCUCCGCGCGGGAGCGAGCGGCGCAGGGCGGCGCCGGCCUCGGCGGCCCCCACACGCCGGGCUCCGGGCUGAGCCUCGGGGGCGGGGAGGCCACCGAGGAGGAACUGGAGGCGCUACACCAGGAGCACGCCGCGGCCGUGAGGUGCUUGCGGGCCGACUACGAGGCGAGGGUGCAGCGCGGCCUGGAGCUGCAGAGGCUGCUUGACGAGUGUGACGCCUCGCUGCGGGAGCGCUCGGAGCAGUCUGCUCGGGACGCGCUGGCCCAAGAGCAGCUCGCCUCUGGGCGGCUGACGCUGGAGCGCCUCGCCAUGCGGCGAGAGGACGUCGCCGUCGGCGCUGGGGCGCUGCUGGAGGCCAGGCAGCGCGAGGUGCGCAGGCUGGAGGGGCGUCUCGCGGAGCUGUGGGGCGAGGUCGGCGGGAGCCGGGGCCCGGGGCGGCGGAGCGGCGCCGAGGAGGGGCAGCCGCCAGCGCCCGCCAGCUGCGACCUGCUCGCCGAGCUCCGCGCCGCGGCGCGCGCGCAGGAGGAGAAGGCCGACGUGCUCGGCGCCGACCUGCGCCAGGUCCUGCAGCACGUCGUCCGCGCCUGCACCGAGCCGUCCACUCCCCCUGGGCGGCCCUGGCCGCUGCGAGAGCAGCCGCUGCUGGAGGCCAGGCAGGCCAUGCGCCUGAGCGAGCAGGGGCAGGCGCACCUCGAGGACCUGCUGCGGCAGGGCACCGCGUUCGGCGGCGCCUCCGGGGCGGCCACGGAGGACGGCGGCCUGCUGCGGCUCGGGCUCCUACCCGGGCCCCUGCCGUGCAGCAGCCUGCUGGGGGCCGCGCUGGAGGUGGACGCGCAGCGCGGUCCCGCCGAGGAGGAGAACGCGGACGACUAUGACCCUCGGGCGACCUUCAACGAGGAGGCCUGGCUGCUCCACGACCGCCUCGCCUCCGAGGCGCGCUGCGUCACCCAGGCCAUCUUCUCGGACCUGCCGGCCGAGGCUGGCGGCGAGGCGGCCAGCGGCAGCAGGGCGGCGCUCCUGAAGGGCCGCGAGCUCCACCGCGCCGCCGCGCUCGGGGACCACGCCGCGCUGCUGAGGGCGCUGAAGGCCAUGGCGCCCGCCGUUGCGCGGUCCGCUGGCGGUGGGGACGCCCCGCUGCUCGGCUGGACCGCGUGGCACUCGGCGGCGGCGCACGGGCACGCGGCGAUCCUCGAGGCGCUCGACGCGCACGCGGACAGCAGCCUCCUGCACGGGCUGGACAGGCGCUCGGCGGCGGGCUACCCGCCGCUGGCGCUGGCGUGCCUGCACGGCCACGUCGAGGCCGUGCGGUGGCUGCUGAAGCUGCGCUCGCCGGUCGAGGCGCGCGACUCGAGGGGCAACUCGCCGCUGCUGUGGGCCGCGGCCGGCGACGCGCGCUGGCUCUCGGGCAGCGUCUCCUCGUCGCGGAGGGCCAUCGUGCAGAUGCUCCUGGACGCUAAGGCCGACCCGGAGGCCAGGAACGCCAGCGGCCACAGCGCCCGCUCUCUGCUCGACCCCGAGCUGGAGAGCAGCCCCUGCUCCUCGCUCUCGGGCGCGUCCCCAGCGUCCUCGCAGAACGAGGUCGGUCCCCGGCGCCCCGCGGCGAGCUUCGGGGACCUCUCCGAGGACGGCCAGCGGAAUCCGCCCAGGACCUCCCUGCUGGCGCUGGCCUCCGCCGAAGGCCCAGCCGCGGCGGGGCGAGGCUGCCACUGCAUCCGCACCGCGGGGUCCGCGGCCUCCGAGGCCGAGCACCACGCCCGCCGCGCCGGCAGCGUCAGCAGCUACCUGGACUUUGCGAUGAACAUGUUCGCCUCCAGCGACUCCGCGGGGUUUCUGGGGAACGAGGAGGCGGAGGCCGCAGCGCAGCUGAGCCACGAGGAGCGCCAGGCAGCGGUCUGGUCCGGCUGGGUGCGGAACUUCACCCACCGGGGCCUGCGCGCGGCUUUGGGGACCCGGCUCUCGGCCGCGGAGCCAGUUUUCGCCGACCGCUACCGCCAGGUCGCGGCUCUCACUUGCGAGAGGCUGCUGCUCUUCGACACCGCCGCCGGCUGGACGCUCGCUGGCGUCGUGGCCCUCGCGGAGAUCUCGGAGCUCUUGGUGCCUCCGCAGUCGGACACGAUGCUGCUGCUCCGCGCGCGCCGCCGCCCAGACGUGCUGCUGGAGCUCGCCGGUCCAGACGCGAGGGCCGAGCUGCUCGACGCGCUCGGGCGACCUCCUUCUCUCUUCCGCUCCUUGUCCUUCUUCACCUCUUCUGCUCCGUUUCUGCUCCUGCUGCUCUCUUUCUCCCUUUAA